GCCAACUACUCCGAUCCCGAAACACAUAAGACUUCUCGAUACUCACUCACACGCAAAGAGGAAGAAGAGAAAGAAUGGGUGUUGUGAAGUCAGCGAUUGGGGAUAUGCUAAUGACCUUCUCCUGGGUCGUCCUCUCCGCGACGUUCGGUUUACAGACGACGGAGAUCAUCUCCGCCGCCGGUUUUCAGGGAAUCGCUUGGGCUCCGUUGGCCAUCACCACGUUUCUGAUUUUCUUCUACGUUUCCAUUUUCACCGUUGUCUUCGGUAGCGCUAGCUUUAACCCUACCGGAAACGCCGCCUUUUAUGCCGCCGGUGUCCCCGGAGAUACCCUUUUCACCUUGGCGAUCAGGUUACCUGCUCAGGCAGCUGGUGCGGCAGGAGGUGCAUUGGCCAUCAUGGAGUUCAUACCAGAGAAGUACAAGCACAUGAUAUCUGGACCUUCCCUUCAGGUUGAUGUGCACACUGGAGCUAUUGCAGAAACCAUCUUAAGUUUCGGUAUUACCUUUGCGGCUUUACUUAUUAUCAUCAGGGGUCCACGAAGAUUACUCGCCAAGACCUUCUUGCUCGCUCUCGCAACCAUUUGCUUCGUUGUUGCUGGCUCUAAAUACACCGGACCAGCCAUGAAUCCUGCCAUUGCGUUUGGGUGGGCAUACAUGUACAGCUCUCACAACACUUGGGACCAUUUCUACGUGUACUGGAUCAGUUCUUUCGUUGGAGCUUUAUCUGCUGCGUUGGUCUUCCGUACUAUCUUCCCGCCACCUACACCGCAGCAGAAGAAACAGAAGAAAGCCUGAGGGGAUAAACCAAUCGAGACAAGACCGGUUCAAUACUUUACCGGUUUUGGGAUGUAGAAAGAUUCAGAAGGUUUUUCCAUUCCAAAAUAAGGAGAAACCUUAUCAUUGUUUAGAUUCAAGCUUUAUAUUAUGAAUUGUUGCGGAUGUCAACUAUUAUCCGUUUUGUGCAUAUAUCAUUCACACACUCUUCCGGUUGAUAAGCAUUAGAUUAUCAAUUACUGGUUUGGAUUGGUUCAGUUCAGUUCAUCCCCUAAGUGGUUUCGAGAACCUAAUGAAAUGUUUUCAAAUUGA